AUGCUUACUGGUAUUUCAGUUGACCUUGGAAGCAUAAAUGACCUUAGAAAAACUGCAGUUAUAAACAAUGAGCUCUCUAGACUUGAUGUCGACAUUGUUGCACUGCAGGAGACGCGCCUUGCAGAGGCAACUAGCCUACGCGAGAAAGACUAUACCUUCUAUUGGCAUGGUAAGCCAAAAGAUGAGAGAAGGGAGCAUGGUGUCAGCUUUGCUGUGAAGAAUAGUCUGUUGAAAAUGAUUGAACCUCCAACAAACGGCUCUGAACGUAUUCUCACAAUGAGACUCAACACCACCACUUGCCCUGUGACACUCAUCAGUGUCUACGCGCCAACUCUCAUGGCCUCCUCUGACACAAAAGAUGAGUUUUAUGAAAAUCUCUGUGCCACCCUUCUGAAAGUUCCUCCAAAAGACCAAGUUAUUUUACUUGGCGAUUUCAAUGCCUGUGUUGGUAGUGACUACGAGGCUUGGCCUUCUUGUUUAGGCAAACUCAAUGUUGGCAAAGUUAAUGAAAAUGGUCAGAGACUUCUUGAAUUUUGCACGCGUCUCAAUCUUUGCGUUGCUAACUCAUUCUUUCAGACUAAACCUCAGAAUAAAGUUUCUUGGAGACAUCCACGCAGCAAGCAUUGGCAUCAGCUUGAUCUUGUGCUUGUUCGUAGAUCAAACCUCAAUUCCAUCAAAGUUCUUCGUUCUUAUCACAGUGCUGACUGUGAUACUGAUCAUUUGCUUGUUUGGUGCAAAGUUAAGCUCUCUCCAAAAAAGAUGUUCUUUUCUAAGGCUAAGGGAAAGCCUCGUCUGAACACUGCAAACAUGCAGGAUCCUGUGCUUGUGUCAUAA